AUGCGGCCUGCCAACUAUCUACCUAGGCCAGAGCUCUUGCUCUCGGCCUUCACCUCGGUCUCGAUUUUCGGCGCCAUCGUAAUGGCUCAGGACGACAAGGAUAAGGAAAGCGCUGCUGGCGCUUCCGGUGCCGCCGCCGCUCCCGCAGCUACCAAUACGAACGACGACAACAAGGACGCCGACAAGAACAGCGAAGCCAGCAAGCCCAGCGCGACCGCCGCCGAAUCCGCCAAAGAGUCGAAUACUGACAACAAGUCUGAAGACAACAAGUCUGAGGGAAACGCCCAGUCAAAGACCGAAGAGGAGAAGGAGCCUGCGAGCACUAAGGAGGAAUCAAAGCCUACAGCAACACAGGACAAGAAAGCUUCAACUACCGAAGACAAAGAGGAACCUUCAUCCACCGAGGAGGAGGAGCCUACAUCCACUGAGGACGACCCGACAAGCACAAUCCAGUCCAAGAUCACAUCGAUCAAGUCCAUUUCGGAUUCAGUUGAGACGGGAUUGCCAACUUUGACAAAACUCAAGCCGAUCCCUACCUACCCGGCUGCGACCGUUCCGCCAACCAAGAACGCGCCUUUCAUGCAGCACUCGAGCGCUCCUGAUGGAACUGUCUUCAUUGCUGUCGGCGCGAUUCUUGGAGCCCUUGGCGCUGCCAUUCUCCUCUGGCGACUCAUUGUGGGCAUUCUUCUUCACCGAUCCGUUGAGCGAGCUGCCAAGGCUCAGCACGAUGCCAACGCAAAGCAAGGUUUUCCCGCUCCGCCGGCGCCAUUCUACAAGUACACCGAUACUGGUUCCACCAUGUCUCUCUCAGCUGGCCGGGGCGUCCGACGUACCACCCGCGGGCCCGUCCUCUCGUCAACCCCCAGCGCGUCUAACCUGUUCUUCUCGCCCACUGCUGCUGCAACUGGUAACGGCGGCGCUGGAAACCGUGGUUCAGCCUUCCUACCUUCGGGCUUCUAUGCGGCAGGCACCAGUUCUCCUGGUGGAAGCCAUGAGCACUCCAUUAGCUUGACCAACCUGCGUCCCGACUCCCGUGGCCAGUUUGGAAACCCUUCACGCCACACCCUGAACCCCACUCCUCCCGAAUCACCAGCUGUCAACCCCCGAAGAGACAUUAGCAACUCGUCUUUGAACCUGAACCGGCCGCCAAGCCAGCGCGCCCCCAGCGCAUUCCUCGACGACCUCCUGGCCGACGACCCCUCAAGCCUACCACCUCCACAGAUGCCUGCUUCCAGUGGAAGGCAUUCGUCAUACGGCAGUGGCUCACCUGGCGGCAUGAAUCGGUUCUAG